CCCGAAAGUUGAUAACGCCUUACAGCCGGUCAAAGCGUUGUAUAUAGCAGACCCUCUCCUGGUAUUACACCCCAGACCACAUCUCCAACUCUUGCCGACAGAUCACACUAUCCAAAACCCAGACCCUUACAGAGAAACGUUUUGAUAACGACAAAUGUCUUUGAACAAACCCACUUCUUCUUCAAACUCCUUUGGGGGUAUGGGCGAUAAUCCUGUGUCUUCUAAAAGGGUUGAGUUGGUGAAUAGCGACAUGAACCGCCGUACUAAGCAGGGAGACAGUGCCUCUACAUCUUCUGAGUCGGCUGACUUACAAGACCCAAGCUCGACUGAAGGAAUGGCCAGUGUUACCCCUCAAGGUUCAUCAACUACUAGCGGAGAUACGGAUAGUGAUUCUCCAAUAGUUGUUGAUGAUCCCUUUGACAACGAGAAAAGGCAGCAUCUAUUUGAUGCUAUCAAUAGGCUUCAAGCUUGGGGAUCGCAUAAAUACUUGGAUAUUCCACAGCUCGUGGUCGUAGGAGAACAAUCUUCUGGCAAAUCAUCCUUGCUUAGAACGUUGACUGACAUUUCAUUUCCCGUCAUGGCUGGAAUUGGUACACGCUUUCCGAUUCGUGUCGUCUCACGCCGCACUGCACAGGGCACCGGAGAGCGAUUCCGUAUCCACCUGGAGCGAGCACCGCAAGAUGUCAAGGGUUUACAAAGAGCCAAUGCCACAGAAGAGAAUUACUCUCUGGAGGGAGAUACCUUGACCAUGGAUGCAUUCAAAACUGCGCUUGAGGACCUAUCUGAGAACUACAUUGGGAUCAGAAAGGGUAAAGGCCUAGAGACGAAGAACUUUGUCCCAGAUAUUGUGACAGUUGAUCUUUCAGGACCUAACAGAUCUCUUUUCAACAUCUUGGAUCUUCCAGGUCUCAUCUUCUCAGAUUUUGGGGUCAAUGAACCAGAGCUUCUUGGGACACAAGAACUAGCCAAACAAUACAUAUCACGACCGGAGAACACCAUCAUAUGCACGAUACCUGCAACUUCUGACCUGGGUGUUCAACGGGUCUUUCAAAUUUGCAAGGAUUAUAUAUCAGACAAAGGACGUCUGAUUGGAGUGUUUACAAAAUGCGACAAAGCUGAUCGUGAAGAAGCUAAACGCGCAGUCAUUUCAGCAAAAAGUGAUAUCGAAAACGGAGGCUCCAUCUUCAAAGAUGGCAUGUUUGUCGUCUGCAAUAAGUCCCUGGAAUCACGAGUAAAUGAGGAGCAGAUCUUCAACCGCGAGCCCUGGUCUCAAAUCUAUAGUGGACGUAGAGGAAGCACCAAGCUGAAAGAUCAUCUUGGCGACAUUCUCACCUCUGAAAUCGAAAGAGUGUUUCCAAAACUUGAGCGCGAUAUACAGUCACGACUACAAGAAAAGGAGGCCCGUCUGAAAGUCAUGGGUGAACCUCGACUCGAUUGGAGCCAGAAACAGGCAUAUCUCAACCUAUUCGUGCGCAAGUACUCCUCCAAAUGCACCUUGGCUCUCAGACGUCCAGGAUUACUUGAGUCGGAGACAAUGGAUCUGAGACAAGAACUCAAUUCCAUGAACAACCAGUUUGAUAAUGUCAUGAGAUGGGUUGGCGGAUUCUGGCAGUUUGACGAUGAGGACAUCGACCCCUGGGCCGUUUGCAAUAGCUACGGAGCAUUCGUCGACAACAAACAGGAAGAUUCUAGGACAGCGCAUCAAAUCUUGUUUCCAACCACCGAACCGAAGGAUUACAAGGAGGCGUUGAAAAAAAUACCUGCUUUUGAGGAGCAUGAGCAUGUUGAGACCUUUGAAAGGUUUGCGGAUACGGUGAGAGACAAUCUUCGCAGGUUUGGGGCAUCUCAACCUCCUGGCGUUGUCAACUCAGACAUUUAUCCCGUCAUCUACCGAGUCCAAGUAUCCAAGUGGGGCUCUAUAGCACAGGAGCACUUGGACAGAGUCAAAGAUGCCAUGAAGUCGAGCUAUGAGGAGAUACUGCGUUCUGUCUGCCCAGAUUCUGGAAGCACCUUAACUUUGCAUCAUGAGCUCAAAAACCGUCUCCAUUCAAUGUUUUGUGAGACAUUCAACAAGGCUAAGCAAGAUCUGGAGUUGUACUGCGAGCAAGAAACCCAAAAAGAACUCCUUCAGACCACCAAUCAUCAGUUCCCAUCCAAACUGCUAGCUUGGCGCCAGCUGAGAUAUGUUAGAGCUUUCUAUCGAGGGAUUGGUGGUGAAGAAGCUCAAAAUCUUGUUUCAAGCCAGACCUUGGGCAAUAUGUGGAGCUGCAUGGAUCUUUCAAGCGAAAACAGAAUGAUGUAUGAUAUCCACGAUGUCAUCAAAGUAUACUACGAGAUUUCCCUAGAGUCAUUCAUUAGACAUGUUACCCAAGCUAUAGUUGAGGGUUUUAUUAUGAAUAAAGAUGGACCUUUGAGCAAGUUGACGACGGAAUAUGUUCUUAAUCUUCCAGAAGAAGAAGUCAGUGAGAUUACAAAAGAGGACAAAAUCACAGGUCAGCAAAGGGAGCAACUAAAGAGUGAUAUCAAAGAGCUUGAGGGCGCCAAACAGAUUGCAAAAGAUGCAAGAGAUAAGGUAGAGGCCUUGAAGCGUACUUAAGUUACUUUUAUUUAUUAUAUACUGUAUUUAUCGAAUAUGCAGAAAGAGGC